CACAAGCAAUACCUGUCAGUAUUACAGCAUAAGGGAAAAUAAAGGAUCUUACGGGAAUAAGGGUUUACCAUCGCUUAUAAAGAUGGUGUUCCUGAGCCUUUUCUCGUUGGUAGUCAUGGCGACCAUCGUAAAUGGUCAAACACCAAUAAGCUGCCCAGGCGUGAACCUUGUUCGAGUGGGCUGCUUCAACUCCCUAAAGCCAAAAGCACAUAUGCCUACGUUACACUUCACUCAAAAGGUGAAUUACAGAUUCUUUGAUAAUCACAUGCGCAGUAUAAUCUGCAAUUGUGCAAAGAAAUGUAGUGGCAAACCUUGCAGUUUUGGAAUCAGAGACGCAUAUGAAUGCAGAACGGGUAGUCUAUAUGCUAAAGAAAAAAAUACUGCAAAUAUCAAUCAGUGCAGAUCGUGGGGAGCCCAGCCAUGUAAAAGUGGAGUUGAUUGCGUUGGCAGCACAAACUCAAUAUUCAUUUACAGAAUGACUCCAAAAACAACUCCAAAACCAACCACCAAAAAACCAACAACCAAAAAGCCAACUACAAAACCAUCGGCUAAACCAACCACACCAAAUAAAUCAUCUCCUGAGAAUCUACAAUAUAAGAAACAUCUACCAAUGCCAUCCUUGCUUCCAAAGCGUUCACUUCCUCAAAGUCACUACAUCAAGCAAGGGUACAUUUGCACACAUUAUUAUCAAAUUUGGAUGUAAAGCAGCUCAUUUGAAGCCUCUAGUGAGCAAACUACAGAAAGGCGCCAUUGUUUCAGCAAGUUGCCAUGACGGGAAAUGUCCUCAGACACCUCUUCUUGCCCAAACGGUCCCAGGAUGCACCAUGGUCACUGCUUGCCCGGUUAUUCCAGCUUGUAUGGUUCCCGCUUGUCCCGCUCCACCUCCUCCUCCGCCCCCACCGCCUCCUAUGGUGUAUACCUGUCCUGUAGGUUGUCCAGCUWCUUGUGCGCCAUCCUGUAUUCCAGCAUGCUGCAAGUCAGCGGUUAAACACAAGAAAACAAAGCAAUCACGUCUACAAUAUAAUGACUAUAGACGUCUCUAUGGCUACUAUUAAAUUGCGAACAUAUUAUGGGGGGUCUAUAUCGUUUGUUUAGUAGUUGUGUGAUAUAAAGAAUUAUAGGACGAKGRUCGAUUGAACAAGAGGUACAGAAMUUCACAAGAAACCUUGAUAGACUCUAUACAGGUGACGUCGAGCCAGAUUUUUCUGGUGGAAGAAGUUUAAACAUUUUUGCUUGAUUGGAAAUUUGGAACUCUAUCCUGGAGAUGAUGAUGAUGAAAUUCAUAGCUCUCUAUAUUUGAAUCGUCAAUUCCACAAAUGAUGAUGUGAGUACGCAAGAUCCAGGCGCAUGAGCAGUGGAUAAUUUGCUGUGGUAUUUCCCAUCAUUGUUGAGAGAAGAUUUAGUACAGGAUAGUGUUUGCAUGUAGAAUUGGAACUGGAUGAUUUCAUUUUGAAUCAAUUUAGACUAUCAAUGCUUUGAAAGUGUAACGAAAAGAACAUACUUUAUAAAUAAAUGAAUAAUGACGUCAUUUAUAUCAAAAUGAAUCUAUAUAAUUUGUUAGACAACAUGACGUUAUUUAAUGUGACGUCAUAGCUCAUAUUUCAUAGAUCAUUACAUGUAUUACUGGCGUACUUUAUAAAAUUGAAUGACGUCAUUUAUUUUAAAACGUAUGUAUAUGAUGUAUACUAGACAACAUGACGUCAUUUCAUUUGACGUCAUGGCUUAUUCCAUAGGUAAUUACUUGUAUUAGUGGUAGGUAUGCGUAAGGAUCGAAUAAUGACGUCACCAGUGACGCUGGUGACAGUAAUUUGAAUAUGAUAUGACGUCAUGCCGCGUACGUAUUACUAGGGCAACUUAUGCAAGUGCUACGUCAAAGUAUGUUAAAUAUUAUUAUAUAGAUAUAUUAGCUCAAUGAUAAUAUGUUUUCAAGAUGGCUCUUGUACAAAUUACAGUGUAAACAGUUAGGCUUGGUUUUAAUAAAGGAUUACAAUGUCU